GAGAGAUAGAGAGAGAGAAAGGUGGCAGGAUGGUUCCAGCAAAAUCGUUAUAUUAGAGGGACUGAAAAAGAAAGACUUUAGAAAACUUUUCCCCAGGCACGGCACGGGGGUUAGUGUCUUCCCCAAUCUGCACCGACCUCAUUCUACCAGAUCUCGCGUUCCACAAUUCCGGCGGAGGCACGGGCUUUUUUCAUCCGGCGAACAUCGGCGGCCCUUCGCUCGUCGGGCUAUUUAUCGGCGACCUCGCCAUCGACCAGUCUCCUCACGCAGUCGCCCCCGUUGGUUCUCUUGAAUAUUCCGCAUUGCAUCUCUUCCACUCGACAUCAUCCUAUUCGACGGCAGCCGCUCGCCACCGGAGGUCUAAGCUUUCGUGAGCGGUGAUUGUCAAUAAGUGUGUUUGAAGGCUCAAAGCAGCUAUGCGGGGAUAUGAUAGAUCUCCUGUUGAAGAUUUAGAUGAGUAUGAGGAGGAAGGAAGUGAAGAUGGAGCUGAGGAGGAGGAGCAGGAGGAAUAUGAAGAGGAAGAACAACCCCGACAACCUACGAAGGAGGAAUUGGAAUACCUUGAAUUGAGGAAACGGUUGAAAGAAUCUUUUAGAAAGAAAAUAAAGAAGGAAAAUGGCUCUGCUCAGGCCAAUUGCCAAGAGAAGAAGAACAAACUUCCAUAUGAUAAUUACGGAUCCUUCUUCGGCCCUUCACAGCCUAUUAUUGCUCAAAGAGUAAUUCAAGAAAGCAAGUCAUUAUUAGAAACUCAGCAUUUGGCAUCAAAGAUUCCAAACUCGCAUCCUAAUAACAAAAAGGAUUAUGCUUCAACUGCUGCUCGACCGAACCAACUGAAUGUCGCAAAAGAGUUGAAAACGAAAGUCCAGAAACUCAGGGAUACAAGAGAUUAUUCUUUUCUGUUAUCUGAUGAUGCGGAGCUUCCGGUUCAAAAGAAAGAGUCUCAACCUCGAAAUGCUUCUGUUUCAAACUCUGAGGCGCGAUUGUCCAAAGCACCAGCGAAGAGCCAAAGCAAACAAUCAUCAAGCAAUAGUUUCAGACAAGUCCUCAAUGGUCGUGAAGAAAGAAAAGGGAUUCCGACAAAUGGUCAAAUGCAACCUAAAUCAGGAUCCCACAAAUUCACUUCCAAUAGUAAGCCUAAUAUAAUGUCAGUAGAUUCUAGAAAACAGCUUGGUAGCAAUAAUGGAAAUGGCCCAGGGCGGCCCGUGGGUCCGAAAAGUUUGCCAUCAAAAACCUCAGCUGCUGCUAUGGGGAAGAAGGCUCCUGCACUAGGUAUGAAGAAUUCCAUGUCCGCUGUGCACAAACCACCCCCUUCAAAGCACACAUCUGUGCCAAAACAACAAUUUCAACCAAAAAAUAGAUCUCAAGAACACAGCAAGGGCAAAAUGAUGCCAAAACAGCCAGUCACUCUAAAACAGCCAGUGGCAUCUUCAAAAACUCAGCCAAACAAACCUUUUAAGCAAAUUUCAUCGCAUGCUAGUUUGCAAGAGCACCGUCAUAAGAAAAAGCCUGUAAGACGGUACUCUGAUGAUGAAGAUGAUGAUGAGGAUGGACGGGCUAUCAGUAUGAUUAGAAAAAUGUUCAGGUAUAAUCCCAAUAAAUUUUCUGGUCGUGAUGAUGAUGAUAGCGAUAUGGAGGCUAAUUUUGACGACAUUCUAAAGGAGGAAAGAAGAAGUGCAAGAAUUGCAAGACAAGAGGAUGAGGAAGAACUCAAGAGGAUAGAGGAAGAAGAGAGAAGGGAGAGGAUGAGAAAAACUGAGAAGAAGCGAAAGCUGAGCCAGCGAUGACCCAAAAAUAAUUUGUCUUCUGGUUUGAUCAUAAUUUGUGGUUUGUUAAUUUAAGCCCACCCCAGCGCUCCCCGAGUCCCUUGUGGGCUUCAAUUGUUAGAAAAUAUCAUCAGUCCUAAAGAUGUAAAUUGUCUGGACGGACGUAAUCAUUUAUUGGGGCUUGUUUGCGGCUACUGUCAAAAAUUAUGACAGAACAGAAACAAAUUGUAAAGUAGUCGCUCAUCACUGAAAUCUUCCUUGGCAAUUUUCAAAUUCAAGCAAUUUAAUGAUACCGCCACUAACUCUUCUUUAUUA